AUGCAAGAGUGUAAUGAGAAAAGCCAAAGAGAGUUUGAAGAACUGUUAGCCAAAAACUCCAAAGCUGUGGCUGAGGAUCUGGUGAGCACAGCUGGGAGGAGAUGUGACACCAUCUACAAAGGCUUUGCCGAAUGCCUCAUCAGCCUAGGGGACAGCAUGGCCCAGAGUGUCCAGGAGCAGCAAGAGGACAGUGGGCAGGAUGGACAGGAGCUGGACACCAUCUGCAGGUCCUGGGAUGACUUUCACACCUGCGCCAACAGGGUCUUGUCCCGCUGCCCUGAUGAAGCUGCUGCCAUCUGGGAGUCUCUGCGUCAGGAGUCCAGGAAGAUCCAGUUCCAAGGGAACCUGCAUGACCUCUGCAGCGCGCGAGCCAGGCCACCCGGCAGCGUGCGGGGCUCAGCCGCAGAUGAGACUAACAAGGAGACCCUGCGGGGCUCAGCUCGGCUCCCCUGGCCGAGCCUGCUGGCCACCCUGCCACUCCUGGUGCUCACAUCACUCCUGGUGCCCUUCGUCUAGCCAGGGAGCCAUGGCCAGGCACCCCCUGCCGGCACCUGACACAGGCUCACAGGGCUGGUACCAGCACUGCGAGAGAGAUCAGGGUUUCGCUGUAAAUCCCAUGCGCCAGGAGCUGUGGGCACCUGAGCCUGCUGCCCACCGGGUGUUUCCAGCCUCUUUCCAGCCAGCUGGGGACUAUGGGGCAGCCAGAGGCCAAGUUCCCCUGGCACAACCUGGGGCCAGGGGCAUCGUGUCCCAUGGGGCAAAUGAGGCUGGAGCCCCUGGGGUCCUGUAUUUCCAGGGAGAUCUGGACCACAGUGACUGAGCUCCCCCUACCCCAUGGCCCUGUGUGCACAGCUCUCCCUGCAGGGACCAGCCUGACCCUGGCACCACUUCCCUUGGCCCGGCCUGCACCGGCAGCUCUCCUGUGCCCCCCACGCCCACCCCAGGAAGUUGCUUUCCACCUGGGCCUGUCUCAGUGCCCAAACUGGAUCUUUAGAAAAAGGUUCGGCCCAUGAUUCCUCAGGCCAGCUGCCCCAAUCCCACCCCUACAGCUCUGCAGGCUCCGCUGCCUCCUCAUCCCUGAGAGAAGCCUGAACGUGGCUUUGUGGAGGAAGCCGAGCCUGGGAACCUUCCCCCUGGAGCUGCUGCUGCCUCCAGGGGAGACAUCCCUCACCUCCUUCCCCUUGGCUGCGGCCCUGCCCUCUGCCGUGUGCUCUGCUCCGCUCCUCGCUGUGCUUUGCUGAGGGCACUGGCAUGGAAACGGACCUGGCCUGUCCUGCUGCCACAAGCACUGGGUGCCAUCUCAGCCUGCUUGGUAACGGCCAUUUCAGCCUCACCUGCAGUGCUGUGCCCCCGGUCAGGCCACAGCCGUGGACAGUGAGGGGGCAGGGCACCCCCGCACAGAGCUGACUCCUGCCCAGCUCAGCUCAGGUGUUGGCACUUGCAGAUGGGCAUUGGGGCUGCCCUGGCCAGGGGCACAGCCCGGCAGGGGACCUGCACUCACCAUCCAGGAAGGUACCAGCGUCCAUGCCCAUCACAUGCGCCUGGCCUUUGAGGCCUGGACCCUGGGCUUUCAGCACUGCUCAACGCCAGCCCCUCCCAUUGACAGCUGGAGAGGGAGUUCUGCUCGCUGUUUCCCAGGAGGCCCUGGGAAGCUGUGUGCCCCAGGGUGUGUGGGGGGGGGGGGGUUGGUUUUUACUGCCGCACAAAUAUUCUUGAGUUAAUUUAAACAUGCAAAGAGUGACCAAGCCUAUGUGAGUGUCAGGGCUGCCUGUCUCUGGAGGCCGGGCUUAUAUUCUCUG